AUGGCGGACACUGAACUCAGAGAAGAUGGGGCGAACCAAAAGAUGGAUGAGAUAUUUAAAGACCCUUGUUUCCAUACGCAGCAACCGUCAAAUUAUCCACUGCUUCCAUUGAUUACUGUGAACUAUCCAAACAAAUCCCUCAAUCUUGGCCGGAGCUGCGAAGUCUGCUGCCUGAAAGAUGACACAGCAAACGUCGACUUCUAUCAGACCGACCCAACACUCACCGAUGAAAUUAAACUUUAUCGCUUUGGCGAAGAAGAAGCUCCAAUUCCUUUCACUAUAAUUAGUGAAUAUCCGUUAAUUCGUCGAGCCCAUUUCAAGUUGCGUGACUACCCCCAAGGCGACUACGAGAUUCGAACAAUAAACCGCUACGGUUCGACGUCUGUGAAGUUUAAGGUCCUUUAUGAUUCCUCAGAGGCUGCUGGUUGCACUUCACCCCUGGGCUGUAAGUUCAAACGCCCCGGAAGACAGAUUGUCAGUUAG